AUGCAGCGCGUCUUGCGGCUCGCCGGGCACCUGGCCCACGCGGACGCGCCCAGCGCGGGCGCGGCGCCGCAGACCAGCGGCGAGCGAGGAGGGGAAGUGAGAAGCAGAAGGCCUUCUCAAAGGCCGGCUGCUGCCUCGGCCGCCGCCACCGCCGCCGAAGAGCGGGGCCAGGUGGUGGUGACGCUGAUCGCGGCAGGCAACAGUGGCCACGUGUGCGCCGCCCUCUUCGAGGAGAACACGAGGGGCCGCGUGCGGACCCAGCUGCUCACGAGCAAGCCUGAGAUCUGGAAGAACUCGACGCCGCGCGUGCGCUUCCCCAGCGGUGAAGUACAGGAAGGCAAGCUGUACAAGGUGUCGGACGACCCAGCGGAGCUCAUCCCGCAGUCGGACAUCGUGAUCUGGACUGGCCCGGUGAACCACACCAAGGAAACGUUCGUAAAGAUCAAGCCUUACUUCGACACUCGAAAGACGGUCGUGGGGAUGAUCUUCGCACAGGGCCUGGUGCACGUGCUCGCGAAGAACAUUUUCGGGUCAGAUGUUCGCUUCUUCGCGCUCAGGAACAUUCCAUGGCUCUGCAGGGCACCCACCAAGGGAGAGGAGGCCGCUAUCGUAGGUGGCAAGGCCUCCAUCGACGUGACGACAAUAAACUUGGAUCAGGAUUUUAUCAAGAAAGAGGUGGAGCCUCUGUUCGUCAUGCAGAAGACGGGGAAGUGGGAGCCAGUGAUCGAGUUCCUUCCCGACUUUUGCCCCGUCGUGUUCAAUCCAGCGAACCAGAUCAUCCACCCUGCGUGCUACUGGGGAUUGUUCCGCAACUGGCAUGGAACGCCCAUUGAGGAUACCAACGAGUGGCUCUACCGCGGCAUGGACGAGGUCGCGGGGCAUGUUCUAGAGGUGCUCGACGAGGAGCUCCAGCAGCUCAAGAACGCCUACUUCGAGGCGACUGGCGCCACGGGCUGCACGCACGUCAUCCCGCUGCGCGACCGACUGCUGAAGCAGUACGGGGACCAGAUCGCAGACAAGACCUCGAUGGCCAGGAUGAUAGCAACCAACAAGGCCUACUCAAUGGCGAAGACCCCCGUCAUUCGCACUGAGCUCGGCGUCUCGCCUGACCCGAACCACCGCGUGGUCACGGACGACAUUGGCUGGGGGCUCUGCCCGCUGGUGUCCAUCGCGGAGCGGCUGGAGGUGGACGGCUUCAAGACGCCCACCUCAACGAUGCGGAUGCUAAUCGAGUGGCACGAGAAGAUGAUGAGCAAGGAGUUCCUCGUGAACGGCCGGCUGGGGGGCCGAGAUUGCGCUGAGCUGGUGCUUCUGCAGCCGAGCGACCCCCUCGAGAUGGUGGCCAGGUGA